AUGGAUGAAAAGAAGAACCCUGAUUCUUCAUUUGGUCUACUGUCUAGCGAUGUUGCCUCGUCAACUGGCGAUGCUGAAGCUGGGUUAGAUGAGCUUAGACAGUCCCCAGCUUUCACGAACAGUGAAGAAAUACCCCUGGAGGAAUGCGGUGGCCACUCGACUGCAGAAUUCUGCGAGAGUAUUCAAGCCGAGGCAAAUGAAGCAGUAUUUACUGAUGCUGAGAUCGAGCUUUCACACAAAGAAAUCGAAAUCCCGUCGACAUCAUGUGAGCCUAAUCGAAUCAGCUCAUCAGGGCGUCGUUCCAUCUCCAUGUCACCUACAUCACAGCGUGGUGAAGAUCAGUCAAAAUGCAACCAAAGCGAUAAAGAUGCAAAUUUGCCUUCAGUCUCCGAGCUUCAAUCUGUCGUCAUCACCAUUUCACGUCUCGGAGAGCGGGACAUGAGGGAAAUCGCAUUAUUAGCCCCAACGUCCCGUCCAAAAAGAAAGCGAGGCCCAUUAGCGUCAUCACAUGACGGCAGCUGCAGCGACGGCUCUAGUGACGCUAAUGAUGCGGACGAUGUCAGCGAGAGCUCUAUUCUACCCAAACGAUCGAAAAGAGCUGGGCGGGCGGCAGUACAAAGCUCUCUUGCUCAUAUACGGCAUAACAAAAAUACUCGUCACAACCUCCCCUCGCAACGUCGCGUUUCUCGGGCCUCAAAAAAUGAGGAGUCCCACCCCCAAAUGCCGACGGAUCGGCAUCCCAUAUCUAGUCUAUCCGAUAUAGAGACAAUUCCCAUUCGAGGUUUCCUGACACGGGAAACACUUCUGUCGAAGGUUGUUUAUUCAAUUACCUUUGAGGAGCGAACAGAGCACACCUGCCUGCAGGAACCCGAUGAGACUCCACCAGAUUGUGAGCGUAAAGCUCAACGCAGAAAGUUACCUGGGCAGAAAAACCACCAGGUUGGAAAAUCAAUUAGGCCAGCUCGAAUUCUGUCUAAAGACGACGAGCUUUUGAUCGAAUUGAAGGAAGAGAAAGGAUUCAAGUGGAAAAAAUUGGAGAAUGUUUCCCUAACAGAUCAGUGGGCUCACUACAGGUGCGGUAUUCUACACGCCUUAAGAGCCGGUGUGGUAGAAGCGAUGGUCUUUCUGCGACGGAUAUCAAGAGCAAGGCUACCGAACCGUUAUUAA